AUGGAAGAGGCGCUUCAACUCAUUAUAAUAAGCAAGUCAUGCGCCACUGAUGAAUUGUUUGUCGCUCAAGUACGCUUGCAGCUGUUGAAGCAGAGAGCGGAUGAUGUCCGACAGCAGGAUGAGACAGAUUAUGCUCGUAUAGGAACAGCUCCUGCGGCCUCGGCUCCUCGCAUAUUAUAUCUGAAAACAUUACGAAGGCAGCUAUAUGAGUUAAAAUCUUCAUUCCGCGCAGAUCUCCAACAGAGCUCGUAUUCUAUCAGUCAAGACACGCCUCUAGAUUUAGCUGGACGAAGGGGCGAUGGCGGGAUCCUACUAGGAUUUGAACGUCUUGAUUGUCUAUGGCAGUCCGUCGAGAACAUCAAAUCGUGGCUGGACAGUUUCUACAAAAUCCCUUGCUCAAAACUCGUCGGGCAACCCUUUCACCUUUGGUCACAGAUGAUUCUUAGCAUCACACUCUUGAAAUAUCUUUCGACACUCAAAGACCCAGAAUGGGAUUGUCAAGCGGUGCGAAAUACAGUUCACUUAAUAUCGACGAUGGACUGUAUGCUUCAGAAGCUCGAUCUGGGCAGCAAGGAACCGGAACUUCAGUGCAAUGACCAUUUACUGAAAUUUUUAUCCAAGCUCUUAUCCAAAUGUCGGGUGUGGGCUGAAACUCGGUGGAACAUAUCUUCUCAGGUGCAAACCGGUGAUAUCAGGCCAUGUCAGAGUGACUCUCACAGUAGCCAUAUCCCGGAUCUAGAUCAGAUGGCCUGGAUGCAGUCUAUGGACUUAGGAAAUGAUCAGUGGUUUGAAGAUGUACUGGGUAUGUCCACGACAUUGUACUAG